CAAAAGAUAUAGAUUCCACACUGUAGUAGAAGAGUGCCAAAUAUACAGAUCUGCUGUAACUGCUGCACACUAUCGAUAUUCACCUCUCUAGUCCGUGUGUGCCGUAGUCUUUUUUAGACAGUUGCAGGUUGAAGUUGUGGUGGAAUUCACCUGCACGUGUUUGUGUGUGAUUCUUAGGGCUUUUUAAGUUAUUCAUUGUUAUUCCUUUUCUCAACAAACAAAAAUGGCCAACACAAUUACUCAGAAAGACACAACUUUUACCAAAAUCUUUGUGGGAGGAUUACCAUACCAUACCACAGAUAAAUCGCUACGGGAAUUCUUCGACAAGUUCGGUGACAUUGAGGAAGCUGUUGUCAUUACAGACAGACAGACCGGCAAAAGCCGAGGAUAUGGAUUUGUAACAAUGGCUAAUAGAGAGGCAGCAGAAAGGGCAUGCAAAGACCCCAAUCCUAUCAUUGAUGGAAGGAAGGCCAAUGUUAAUCUGGCCUACCUCGGGGCCAAACCAAGAGGUAUUCAGACAGGUAUUCCGCUAGCCGUGAAAGGUGUACCCGGUCUCAUACCAGGUCAAUAUGGGUUUCCUCAGUAUUUAUAUCCGUCCACAGCUUAUGUAGCAGCGCCAUCUACCGCCAGUGUGCUCACCACUGCCGUACCGCAUUCACCACUCUCACCGACAGCCGCGGCCACCACAGGACAGCUGAUUGACUAUUCCACCGCAUAUGCUUCUCAAUUUGGAGCAUACGAGGCAGCAUAUCCUUACGCCUCAAGCGCUGGUGGCCUGAUCACACCCACUGCUGCAGGAUAUACUUACGCCGCCAUCCCUCAACCUGCACUAGUGGCAGGCGGUAGUGCGAUACACUAUCAGCCCCAGCAAAUACAAGAAAGAAUGCAAUGAUGACAUUCGGGGAGAACAAGCAGUAUUCAUACCGAACUCAAUUAUUUAAAAAAAAAAACAACAAUGACCAAAUGUCCGUCCUAGGAAAAGAACGGAGCAAAUUCUUGAUCCACCAUUAAGUUAUAAAUUUUAAAGACAUUUUUUAAACAGUUUUACAUCGAUACGUUUCUCUCAAAUUUUUAAUUAUAUAUGCAUAUAGCAAAUCGGUAAGAAAUAAGUUGCCUGAUCUCUAUGCAAGAAAAUGAACUGAAAUGAGUGAAAGUUUGUUAAACACUUUUGGGGUGAAAGAGUGCGAGGGCGAGAUGUCUGUAUUUAAAUCUACAUUGUGGAAGUGCGAGCAGGUUGAAAGGAUACAUGCUUGAUAAGCUUAGAGUAAAAAGCGUUUCCCAAGUACAGUUCAAAAUCACCGUAUUAUUUAUAUAUCUUAAUUGUAUCGAAGUAUUUAUAAUAUCGUUGUUUUUAUGUUUGAAUCACGUGGUUCCUCCGUCCAUUUAGCUCAACCUUGCCAUCAUAUUUUAUAGGUCAUAGGUCAUGACAUGCAAAAGACAUUGGUCACAUGAAAUGUGAAAUGUAGCUGAUAAUUAUAAUUUGUAGACUUCAUGACAUUCUUCACUCUUUAUGGUAGGACGGAGACCGCGGUCGUGAGAGGUUGAUGAGUUUGUUAUUGUGUAAAGUCGUUAGCUCUUUACAGACUUAAUAUUCGAUAUUUAUAAAAUAUCAUUGUUGUCGCUGAGCAUUGUACAUAUCAUUGUAAUGUUAUAUAUUAGUAGAAUAUAGACUAGUCUUAUUAUUAAUCUAGAGGCCACCGUAGUUAAAACACUAUGCAAAUAGAAAAAGGAUGACCCAUUGAUAGAAUUUAGCAGUCAAUGGCAAGUGCUACCUUGAUAUUAUUCGUAUUACCUAAUUGUCUUUCUUUAUUUGGUUGUAUUGACAAAAAGUGCAAAUAAUCGGACUAUCGAAUCACUGAGCUUGCGCAGCCCGCUAGUUUAGAUACAUAUCCCAACAAAAAGGGCUCAAGUGCCUUUUAGUCCCAAUGCAUAAACAGAAUUUUUUCUCCUCAUCAAAAUUAUGGGGAAACUCUUAACUGAAAUCCACUGCUGUCUCAUUUUGUAGCUAGGUUUAGAUGACGUCACCAAUCAUCAGUUUAUAAGGUUAGGUAUGGAUGUGGUUCGAAUGUUUGCAAACUUCGUCACCGCUUCACGAGUUGUCUGCUUGUAGUUCAAGUAAGACUCUAGGUGGCGCUAGCUGAGUACAUGAAUGUGCUUUAUGUUAAUCAGAUAAUUUUUAAAGUUCCUUGUCCAUCCCAAGAGGUUGCCAUGGCGAUACGAAUCAAUUUAAUCAUUUCCUUAUAAUUUCACACAGAGACAUUUUUCAUGGUUUUCAAUAUCUUUUUUCGUUUUGGGUGUUUUUAUGCUUAUAGACCAAUUCCUAUGAUUCUUCUAACCAUACUAAAAUUGUCAAUCUAGUCAGGUUUUUCGAUUUUAGAUUUGAUCACCAUGGCAACUCGUUGCAUAUUGUGUUCUAAUGCGAAAUAAAGUCUUGUACACCCGAAAGUAUUAUGGAUUUGAAAACGAGGUUUUACUUACAUUACGAUGAAAUUGAUUUUCGUUUUUUUUUUUAUCUGUGACGAAAACGCAUUCCAUAUUUUGAAGAGUAGCUUUGUUCCAUGUCGAAUUUGCAGUAUCUCCUGACUACCACGAAAUGUAUAAGAAAAAGUUAAACCUCGUUUUCAGUCCAAUUUUAAAUCUAUUGGUUGGAUGUCUUUGACAACAACUAAUGCCUCAUUUUUUGUACAACUCUUGUUGGUAUAUAUGUUAUAUACAAAAAUAUUUAUUGCUGUUACGCUUUCAGAGACAAGAUUUGUAUAACGAAAGCAGGGGCGAAAUAUUAUUGUUAUAUUUUAUUUAUUUUACCCGACCAUUAGAAAAAAUGGUGGUUGGGAUUUUUAUAUUAAUGUAUUAUCAUUGUAAUUGUAUUUAUAACAAUCAUCAAUGUCAUAACUUAGAACAUAAUAAUUGCAUAAAUAACUUGAAGAUAUCGUAGCUUAGUAUAUUAUUGUCUGUAUAGUAGAAAAGAUGAAAACAAUCGACAUCAACGUGUCAUCAUAUGAUAGUGUCAAUUUGUAAAGCGGUAUAGCAUCCGCGAGAAUAUAGCAUAAUCCAAUGUUGAAAUAAAAACAGACCAUUUACUAUGUUGACAUUUACUUAUGUUACAAUCAUGAAAACAAAUAAAAAACGAAAUAUUAUACAA